AACUGCCAAAGUGCCCGGAUGUACCCCGGUACACAACAGCGGCAAGAUGUCGGAUCCGAGAGUGCCCAGUGGAGGUGCCUUGCACACAGGACACGCUGCCACAAAGACCCAGCAGCAGCAGCAGCAGCACCGUGCUGUUUAAUGCCAGCUUUGAGGAUUUCCCGGGACUGCCUGUCGCCAAUGGGUGCUUAAAAAGACCCUCGUACGAAGCCGAUUAAGGACCGUGUGAAGAGACAAGAGAGCCGGGGCUGACACUCAACCGGGAGCCCGGGCGGACUGCUCCUCUUGGCGGGAUGUUGUCCGUACUGUCUUACGGCAGACUGGUCGCCCGGGCCGUGCUCGGGGGUCUCUCGCAGACGGACGGCCGGGACUACAGCCUGGUCACCGCCAGUUGUGGCUUCGGCAAAGACUUCCGUAAGGGGAUCCUGAAGAAAGGCAUGUGCUACGGGGACGACGCCUGCUUCAUUGCCCGGAACAAGAGUGCGGAUGUCCUGGGCGUAGCAGAUGGUGUUGGGGGCUGGCGGGACUACGGCGUCGACCCCUCGCAGUUCUCCGCCACGCUGAUGAGAACGUGCGAGCGUCUGGUGAAGGAGGGCCGCUUCACUCCCAGCAAUCCUGUGGGCAUCCUCACCUCGGGCUACUAUGAGCUCCUACAGAACAAAGUACCCCUUCUAGGGAGCAGCACCGCCUGCAUCGUGGUCCUGGACAGGCGUAGUCACCAGCUGCACACGUGCAACCUCGGCGACUCCGGCUUCCUGGUGGUGCGGGGCGGGGAGGUGGUGCACCGCUCGGACGAGCAGCAGCACUACUUCAACACGCCCUUCCAGCUGUCCAUCGCCCCGCCGGGGUCCGAAGGGGUGGUGCUCAGUGACAGGCCAGAAGCAGCUGACAGCUCCUCCUUUGACGUGCAGCUCGGCGACAUCAUCCUGACGGCCACCGACGGCCUCUUUGACAACAUGCCAGACUAUAUGAUCCUUCAGGAGCUCAAAAAGCUUAAGGCCACAAACUACGACAGCAUCCUGCAGACGGCGCAGAGUAUAGCAAAGCAAGCGCACAACCUGGCCUACGAUCCCAACUACAUGUCCCCUUUCGCACAGUUUGCAUGUGACAACGGCCUGAACGUAAGAGGAGGAAAGCCAGACGAUAUCACCGUGCUGCUGUCCAUUGUGGCGGAAUAUGCUGACUAGGGUGUGUGUGGAGAUGACUCAUCCGUCCGUCCGUCCGUCCGUCCGUGUCUGUCUUGACGUCCAGCCAUGUAUAUUUUUUUUUCCCCUCGUGUCGUGUUUCGGUGGUUGCACGCUUCGAUGAUAGGUGACGCAGGAGGAAGCCCAGCGUCCAGUCGGUUUGUCGUUGGUCAGUGUUAGAACAAAAAAAAGUGACCCGGCGAGAGGAGUAAGCCAUGGUAGCCGAUGUCAGGGACAUUGAGGGAUGUGAAUGUUGGGAGCGGAAUGAGAAUCAGCACCUCCAAGUCCGAGUCCAUGGUUCUCGCCCGGAAAAGGGUGGAGUGCCAUCUCCGGGUUGGGGAGGAGACCCUGCCCCAAGUGGAGGAGUUCAAGUACCUAGGAGUCUUGUUCACGAGUGAGGGAAGAGUGGAUCGUGAGAUCGACAGGCGGAUCGGUGCGGCGUCUUCAGUAAUGCGGACGUUGUAUCGAUCCGUUGUGGUGAAGAAGGAGCUGAGCCGGAAGGCAAAGCUCUCAAUUUACCGGUCGAUCUACGUUCCCAUCCUCACCUAUGGUCAUGAGCUUUGGGUCAUGACCGAAAGGAUAAGAUCACGGGUACAAGCGGCCGAAAUGGGUUUCCUCCGCCGGGUGGCGGGUCUCUCCCUUAGAGAUAGGGUGAGAAGCUCUGCCAUCCGGGAGGAACUCAAAGUAAAGCCGCUGCUCCUCCACAUGGAGAGGAGCCAGAUGAGGUGGUUCGGGCAUCUGGUCAGGAUGCCACCCGAACGCCUCUCUAGGGAGGUGUUUAGGGCACGUCCAGCUGGUAGGAGGCCACGGGGAAGACCCAGGACACGUUGGAAAGACUAUGUCUCCCGGCUGGCCUGGGAACGCCUCGGGAUCCCCCGGGAAGAGCUAGACGAAGUGGCUGGAGAUAGGGAAGUCUGGGCUUCCCUGCUUAGGCUGCUGCCCCCGCGACCCGACCUCGGAUAAGCGGAAGAUGAUGGAUGAAUGGAUGGAUGGAAUGUUGGGAGCGCUAACUUAGCUCAGAACUGAAGAGAAACACAAAGAUGCAAAAGUUUUCUCACUUGCGCUGCUUGCACGAGGGAUUCAUGUAAAUAGUUGUUGUCCUUUCUUUGUGUUAAAGAACGGUCCCAUCUCACGUUUCUACUUCGCCGAGAUCAACAUUUACCGAGAAAAAAAACAGCGUGGGAGGAGAGAGUGGGCGUGUCUCAGUUUUGCACCCUUCCAUGCGUGUGCGCCCUGGGGACCCUGAGUAGGGGGAUACGGCAAAUUGAAACGGCCAGUGUGUGUUUGUGUGUGAUUAGUGUCGUGUUUGAUGUUCACAAAGCUAACGCUAGCAUCUGGUCAUGCUUACGAUUGCUCCGAUAUAUAUAUAUAUAUAUAUGGGUCAAGUGUGAAUUUAAAGAGAUGUAUAUUUUUUUACAAGUGAAGUGUGUUCUUAGAUGAAGUGCUGUAUUUCCUCUCAUGGUGGCCCUGCAGGACGUACCAUAAAAAUGUGGCUUUUAUUCUGGGACUUUCGAUUGCUUUAAAUGGAACUUAGAUAUUGGCUUUCACUAUGUAAAAGUGCUUUGAGUCACUAGAGAAAAGCGCUAUAUAAAUAUAAUUCAAUUCACUUCACAAUUGCUCGGUUGGAACAGCGGCCGUGCCAGCAACUUGAGGGUUGCCGGUUUGAUCCUAGUCCCUGUUGUCGUGUCCUUGGGCAAGACACUUUACCCACCUGCUCCCAGUGCCACCCACACUGGUUUAAAUGUAAUUUAGAUAUUGGGUCAAUAGAGAAAAAGCGCUAUAUGAAUAUAAUUCACUUCACUGAUGUUUCAGGUCGCAUUUAAUUGUGUUGGUGAGAAAAAGGUGUGGAUUUGUCCCAAAAUAGGCCAUUUUUGUUACCGUAUUUUUCGGAUUAUAAGUCGCUCCGGCCGAAAAUGCAUAAUCCAUCCAUCUUCGGGUCGCGGGGGCAGCAGCCUAAGCAGGGAAACCCAGACUUCCCUCUCCCCAGCCACUUCGUCCAGCUCUUCCCGGGGGAUCCCGAGGCGUUCCCAGACCAGCCGGGAGACAUAGUCUUCCCAACGUGUCCUGGGUCUUCCCCGUGGCCUCCUACCGGUUGGACGUGCCCUAAACACCUCCCUAGGGAGGCGUUCGGGUGGCAUCCUGACCAGAUGCCCGAACCACCUCAUCUGGCUCCUCUCCAUGUGAAGGAGCAGCGGCUUUACUUUGAGUUCCUCCCGGAUGGCAGAGCUUCUCACCCUAUCUCUAAGGGAGAGCCCCGCCACACGGCGGAGGAAACUCAUUUCGGCCGCUUGUACCCGUGCAAAAUGCAUAAUAAAGAAGGAAAAAAACAUACCGUAUUUCCUUGAAUUGCCGCCGGGGCGCUAAUUGUUUUAAAUCCUCUCGUCAUUCAGUCGUUAAGCAAAGGCAUGCGGUAAAGGCAAGCAUGCGCUAAUUAUUUUAAAACCUCUUCUCACCAAAGGCAUGUGGUAAAUUUAGGCCUGCGCUUAUAAAUUUGAGUGUGAUGUAAGGAUACCAUCAUAAAAAGCACAUUUAAUUAAAAAAAAAAUUAUUAUGGUCUUACCUUUACUUAUAAAUGAAGUCCAUGCGCAGCUCCUUCUGAUCAAAAGUAUCGAUAACUUGUUUAUAGAAGUCUCCCUUAUCUUUCUUCAGUUUUAAAAGUCUCUCUGUCUCGAUGGAGAUCUUCCUUUAUUACCUCCUGCUUCGAUUAAAAGUCCACUUUAGAAAACUGUUUUAUUUUAGAUAUGUAAUCCUCCAUGUUAAAAGUGCAAGCGAGAGGAAAAAAUUAACUCCUGCUGUUUGUUGUCACUUCUUCUGCAGCCGAGUAGUCGCAAGAAGGAUCACUAGCGCCCUCUACCACCGGUAGGCGGGAGUCAUUUAAUGACUCAUAUUUGACACACGCAGCUACGGUAUAUUAAUAAAACAUAGCUGCUUACUGUUGUUUUUAGCAAAUUCAAUAGCUUGGACCUUAAAUCCUACUGAAUAGCUCUUAAUCUUCUUUCCUUUAUGUGAUUUCAAAUUAUAGAAAUCAGCCUCCUCCAUUUUGAAAAUGAUGACAGGUGAAGUGUCACUCGUGACGUGACGAGUUUGACCCUGUGGAAAUUCUAGGCAUAUGCUAAUUAUUUUGCGAAACGAGUUUGACCCGGCGGAAAUUCUAGACAUGCGCAAAUAAAAAUAAUAUUUUGCAAAACGAGUUCGACCCGGCGUUAAUCCCGAGCCGGCUAAGCAUGCGCUAAUUAUUUUGCGAAACGAGUUUGACCCGGCAGUAAUUCUAGGCAGGCGCAUACUAUAUACCCGGCGGUAAUUCAAGGAAAUACGGUAUAUAAGUCGCACUGGAGUAUAAGUCGCAUUUUUGGGGGAAAUUUAUUUGAUAAAAUCCAACACCAAGAAUUAACAUUUGAAAGAAUAGUGAACAACAGGCUGAAUAAGUGUACGUUAUAUGAGGCAUAAAUAAACAACUGAGAAGGUGCCUGCUAUGUUAACCUAACAUAUUAUGGUAAGAGUCAUUCAAAUAACUAUAACAUAUAGAACAUGCUAUAUGUUCACCAAACAAUCUGUCACUCCUAAUUGAUAAAUCCCAUGAAAUCUUCCUCGAUGUCGCUUCUAAACAACUCUGCCAACUCCAAAGGUAUGCGCCGCUUCCUCUCGUCGUUUUCUGCUGCAUAUUUCACUACGUCCAGCUUGUAAUCUGCAGUACAUGAUUUCCUUUUCGGUGCCAUUUUUGUUCAGCCCUUCUCAGUUUUUAUAAGUUACCGCCGACAAUGAAAUGAUUCAUUUUAAUAGCUAUGGCAGUUAGUAUCCCAUGACCCACAAUGCACUUCUGCCAUGACCCUCCCUCGCCGAAUUCUUAUUGGUUGACGUGUGUGUGACGAUUGCUGGCAUUUUCUUCGUCUCUUCCGCGAAUGAGAUAAAUAAUAUUAUUUGAUUGUGACAGUCGCUUGCUGUCGUCGUGCGGGUUCCACGGACCAUCAAGGAAGGACAUUUCUUUCGAGCAGGUUUGACUCGCUUUAUUUUUCAAUACAGCUUGUCUUCAGGUCUGGUCGCUUUUCAGCUCCUUCUCUGCUGCUUGCUCCUCGGUUGCUUUUCAGCCGCCCUCGUCGUAGUCGUCUUAAUCUCUGUUGUUGUUGCUCCUCGUGCACUGCUGCGGGCUUUCCACCUCCAAAUUCUUAUUGGUUGACGUGUGUGUGACGAUUGCUGGCAUUUUCUUCGUCUCUUCCGCGAAUUAGAUAAAUAAUAUUAUUUGAUUGUGACAGUCGCUUGCUGUCGUCGUGCGGGUUCCACGGACCAUCAUGGAAGGACAUUUCUUUCGAGCAGGUUUGACUCGCUUUAUUUUUCAAUACAGCUUGUCUUCAGGUCUGGUCGCUUUUCAGCUCCUUCUCUGCUGCUCGCUCCUCGGUUGCUUUUCAGCCGCCCUUGUCGUCGUCGUCUGGCUCUCUGUUGUUGUUGCUCCUCGUGCACUGCUGCGGGCUUUCCACCUCCAAAUUCUUAUUGGUUGACGUGUGUGUGACGACUGCUGGCAUUUCCUUCGUCUCUUCCGCGAAUGAGAUAAAUAAUAUUAUUUGAUUGUGACAGUCGCUUGCUGUCGUCGUGCGGGUUCCACGGACCAUCAAGGAAGGACAUUUCUUUCGAGCAGGUUUGACUCGCUUUAUUUGUCAAUACAGCUUGUCUUCAGGUCUGGUCGCUUUUCAGCUCCUUCUCUGCUGCUCGCUCCUCGGUUGCUUUUCAGCCGCCCUCGUCGUAGUCGUCUUGCUCUCUGUUGUUGUUGCUCCUCGUGCACUGCUGCGGGCUUUCCACCUCCAAAUUCUUAUUGGUUGACGUGUGUGACAAUUGCUGGCAUUUUCUUCGUCUCUACCGCGAAUAAGAUAAAUAAUAUUAUUUGAUUGUGACAGUCGCUUGCUGUCGUCGUGCGGGUUCCACGGACCAUCAAGGAAGGACAUUUCUUUCGAGCAGGUUUGACUCGCUUUAUUUUUCAAUACAGCUUGUCUUCAGGUCUGGUCGCUUUUCAGUUCCUUCUCUGCUGCUCGCUCCUCGGUUGCUUUUCAGCCGCCCUCGUCGUAGUCGUCUCGCUCUCUGUUGUUGUCGCUCCUCGUGCACUCCUGCGGGCUUUCCACCUCCUUCUCCCCUUUUAUAUAUGCGGGCGGUAUAGCUCUGUUGGUAGAGCGGCCGUGCCAGCAACUUGAGUGUUGCAGGUUCGAUCCCCGCUUCCGCCAUCCUAGUCACUGCCGUUGUGUCCUUGGGCAAGACCCUUUACCCACCUGCUCCCAGUGCCACCCACACUGGUUUAAAUGUAAAAAAUUAGAUACUGGGUUUCACUAUGUAAAGUGCUUUGAGUCAUUAGAGAAAAAGCGCUAUGUAAAUAUAUUUCACUUCACUUUUAUGGAGCGUGAGGAGAAAUGUUAAUUGUGAUUCACGCACCUGCGCUUGACUGCGGCGUCCGCUCGGCCGCGUUCUCCGCCUCUUCGCCGCCAUCUUGGGCCGGGCUCCAGCGUGCCCUGCCCCACUGCUCGUUCGCCGACUCCAUCCCUCCACAUUGAUAUUUUACGGUAAUGUGUUAAUAAUUUCACACAUAAGUCAAUGUUUACUUAUAUAGCCCUAAAUCACUAGUGUCUCAAAGGGCUGCACAAACCACUACGACAUCCUCGGUAGGCCCACAUAAGGGCAAGGAAAACUCACACCCAGUGGGACGUCGGUGACAAUGAUGACUAUGAGAACCUUGGAGAGGAGGAAAGCAAUGGAUGUCGAGCGGGUCUAACAUGAUACUGUGAAAGUUCAAUCCAUAAUGGAUCCAACACAGUCGCGAGAGUCCAGUCCAAAGCGGAUCCAACACAGCAGCGAGAGUCCCGUUCACAGCGGAGCCAGCAGGAAACCAUCCCAAGCGGAGGCGGAUCAGCAGCGCAGAGAUGUCCCCAGCCGAUACACAGGCAAGCAGUACAUGGCCACCGGAUCGGACCGGACCCCCUCCACAAAGGAGAGUGGGACAUAGAAGAAAAAGAAAAGAAACGGCAGAUCAACUGGUCUAAAAAGGGAGUCUAUUUAAAGGCUAGAGAUACAAAUGAGUUUUAAGGUGAGACUUAAAUGCUUCUACUGAGGUAGCAUCUCGAACUGUUACCGGGAGGGCAUUCCAGAGUACUGGAGCCCGAGCGGAAAACGCUCUAUAGCCCGCAGACUUUUUUUGGGCUUUGGGAAUCACUAAUAAGCCGGAGUCCUUUGAACGCAGAUUUCUUGCCGGGACAUAUGGUACAAUAGUCCGAAAAAUACGGUACUUUUUGUCUUCGUCUUGCUGCAUAUUCUGAAAAUGUAUUUAAAUCAUUUUAGCAUGUUUCGUGUACAAAAUGUAUCAAUUGUGUACCCUCGGGGGAGGUCGAUCUAUUAGAAGAGAGGCCACUCUUUGAGGAAAUACAGUAGUACCAUUAUCUCGAGCAACUAUUAUGUAGGUGUGUAUUUUUUACGUUUGUGUGUCCCGCUUUGUUUCAUCACUACAUGAUGUCAUUUACACCAACCAUCAUGUUCACCGUGAUUGUAAAACGCGUGCCGGCAUUUAGUCCAAAAUCGGUUCUAAUGUUCCGUUGACGGGCAGGCUGCUCUUAAAGGCACAAAUGGUGACGGUCAAAAUGUCUUCUAGUUUUCAAAGCGGGCGCACCAAAGACUCACUUUCUCUCCGUACGCCUUGUUGUUGUAAAUAACAACAUGAAGCAGAAGUACUGUACAUUUCCUUUGCUGAGGAAGGUGUUAGUUGUUAUUUUUUCCCAUUUAUAUCCUAAAGCCAAAGAAGGAAAGCCAUAUAGAAUGCAUGUUAGGAGCCCUGCUGUAAACAUAACUUUGUGUUGGUGGAGACAAAUAUUGUAACUGUUGUAUGUUGGGAAAUAUAGAGGAAGAAGUAAGUUAUUUCUAGAUUUGUUGGUGCUGUUCUUCUUGCAUUGUCUGCGUCUCAUUUCUUGAAGGUGUGUGACUGAAGGGGAGCACGGUUUUCAGCCUUAAAACACAUUGCUCGACCCGUCCUAAGAGGCCUUCACUGUCAUUGUCCUUCGUCCUGUCCAGUUAUUGAUUCAAGAAAACAAAAAGACUUCUCCCUCAGAGCAAAGGUGCUUCUGCCAUCUUUCAAGGUAUGAUUGUCUUUUUUUUUUUUUUUUUU